AGCACAAUUCACAGUGGCUGGACCUGGCCACCCAGUCAUUGCCUCCCUAGGUGGGGAGGCUGUCCUGCCCUGCCACCUCUCCCCCAGGAUGAGCGCUGAGAACAUGGAGGUGAGAUGGUUCCGAUCCCAGUUCUCUCUAGGUGUGCACCUGUACCAUGAUGGGCAGGAUGAGUAUGGAGAGCAGAUGCCGGAAUAUCGAGAAAGAACUGAGCUUUUAAGAGACCACAUCACCAACAUGAGUUUUUCUCUGAGAAUACGCAAUAUCCGACUCUCUGACAAUGGGCAGUACAAGUGUUUUUUCAGUCCAAUGUCUCUUAUGAAGAUGCUAUAUUGGAACUACAUACAAGCCCUGAGCUACAGCAGUGGCUGCUUUUGCAUCCAGAGCACCCUGGACAAACUCCAGGCUGAGCUCAGAUGGAGAAGCGCCCAGAACUACACAGUGGACGUGACUCUGGAUCCAGACACGGCUCAUCCCCAACUCAUUGUGUCUGAGGAUCGGAAGUGUGUGAGACACAGAGACACACGCCAGGAUCUGCCCAACAACCCUGAGAGAUUUGAUACUUGUGUCUGUGUCCUGGGCACUGAGGGGUUCACGAGUGGGAAGUGUUACUGGGAGGUGGAGGUGGGAAACAAGAUGAGAUGGUAACUGGGGGUUUGUAGGGAAUCUGUGAGCAAGAAGGGGAAGGUCACACUCACACCUGAGGAUGGAUACUGGGCCGUGUGGCUGACGGGUGGGGAAUACGAGGCCCUCACCUCCCCCUCGACCCCACUCCCUGUGAGCACCAGGCCUAGCCAAGUGGGGAUUUUCCUGGACUAUGAGGCGGGCGAGGUCUCAUUUUACAAUGUGACUGACAGGUCCCAUCUCUUCACUUUCACUGGCAGCUUCUCCAGGACACUCCACCCUUAUUUCUGUCCUGCUCUCAACUCUGGGGGUACAAAUGCAGCUCCCCUGAUAAUCUGCCUGGUCCCAGCUCAAUCUGGAGCAAAUCUCUGUCCCUGACAGUGACCCCACGGCACAGACUGGUUCCUCCCAGCGCUGAUGCUCUUCCUGCCCCCAAUGGUGGGGGCCAGUUACUGCAGCAACUCGACUUUCUGUGCUGACCAGACGCUGCCACUUUCUCUUUUCAGCUGGAGAUUUCAGUCGAAAA